AUGCAGCCGUUCAACAGCAUCCUGUUACUGCUGUUAGGACUGGCAGCGGUGCAUGGGAGGCCAGACACUUGGGCCAUGGAGAGCUCACAGAGAAAAAAUGUCAGUGUGACAGUGUCAUCCGAUGGACAGGGAGACUCUCUUGUCGCGACAAAUGACGACACCUUCUGCGUGUUGAACCAGCUGGAUGAUGUCACCAUCCUGAUGUCCGUGACGUCGCUGGUGAACGGCAACGAGGUGAGCGACAAGAUCACCGCCAAGUCCGGGAGCCCCGCCUGCCUCCCGGCGCCCACCGACGGCACCAACAUCACGUUCAACAUCUUCAUCGACAACAAACCGCCGAUCUUCCUCUUCAAUGUCAAAUUCGCUGACAUCGCGAGUAUGGAUAACUCGUGCAAGAACUACAAAGUGACCAAGAGCGGCGGGUACCCGGACUGCACGUCUGAGUCCUAG